AUGAGGCUCCCCUUACCUCAGUAUGAGGAUGUUACGCUCUUACCUCUGCUCUUACCUCUGUUUGAGGUUGCUGUUCGAAAUCUCCAGCCAAUCUCAGUUCCAUCCUUUGUUCAUAUGGUAUGGUUAACUAGAGUUGUGAUGGACAUAGAUUUUGUUAGAAGCUUUCUGUGCUGUGAGCCUCUGAAGUGUGUCCCGUUUGUGGAAACUUCAAGCUCUCUUGGUGAUACUAACUUGUAUGCAGGAUGGUUUCUUUUCCAAGACUCUUCAGGCUCUUGCGAUAGCCACUUAUCUCCUAACGGGCGUUUAUUAGCUCCAGACUUAGCUGCUGGAAAGCUUGCCCUAUCAACUGCUUUUCUUGAAGCAGCAUUUGCUGGACUCAUAGCAUUGGAUGUGCUAUUCGACUCCCAAAGCCUCAACCUUCCUUUGAUCUCUAAAGAUGUUGUUAACUAUCUUUAUGAAAUUAGGUGUUUAAGUGUUGAGUUUAAUUGUAUCUGUUUUACGUUUGUUUCUUGUCCAGCCAUGGUUAUGGUUUGGUUUGUUGUGAACAAUUCCUCCUCUAAUGGAGUUUAA